AUGGAAAUAAGUGUCACUACGUUUAUCUCUACUCCGGACCUAGCUCCCACCAUCGUCAAAGUGUUGGCCAGCUUCAAGGUUUACACAAUCGAGGUAUUAAGGGACAUCUACGAGGAUAGCGAUGCCAGAAAUGCCAUUGGCGACAAGUGCGCUAAAGAGCUAGUUGGGGAAGUGAGGGCUGAUAGCGGGGAAGCAGUAUCAGAGGACCCCCCGGAUACUGCUAAGCAGUCCGAUGCUACAGUGGGUAAGAGUUCUGCGGUGAGCAGUGUUGGAACCUCCAGCGGGAGCGUUACUUCUGGAUAUGAUCAAUUGACAUAUCAAAUUAUCAAAGCUAGAGUCGUUGGAGCUCUGAAAAGGGUCACGAAGAGCGGAGGUAACGACAAGACUGCUGGUUCCGAAGACACUAUCCAAGUCAUGAACUCGAAGGCUCUGUCUAUGUUUGGGGUGAUACCUUCCCGAAGCAGUUACAUUACUACCGCAGCUAGCUGA